GAACAUUUAUAGGGAUGAAAAUACUCCCUCCGUAUCCCUACCUUAUAAAAAGUGGGAAGUUGUUCUUAUGAACAGUGGUCGGACCUUUAUACCCUCAAAAUUGUUUAUUUACCUUAUUACCCCCACAAUAAUUAACACCUUCUGCCUUCAGCUUUCUCUCUCCUCUCCAUGUGUCUUCAUCUCUCAAAAUUGCCGAAGAGAAGUGAAUUCAGAUUUGCAAAAUUCAUCACUUCAAUGGAGAAAGUUCUAAAUUUACAAGAAAACUCUAAAUUUACAAUUCUCCAUUGAAGUGCUGAAUUUUUAAAUUCUGAAUGUACAUUUCCAAUUGAGAAAAAAUGAUACAAGAGAUGACAUCGAAGGAGCAUGUCGUGGUCCAUCGGUUGGUGACGACCACGGUGAGGAAGGUGGUACGACAGCACAGCUGCCUGUCGAGGGGGCGGCGGCGGAAGAUGACGACCGGACUUUAUGGGAGGUGGGUCACUGGUGCCUCUUUCUCUCUCCUCUCUAUACAGUGCAAAAAUACAAGGUUUGUACAAAAUAUUAGCUCUGAAAUGUGGCCAACAAUUGGUUUAGUAUUGAUUUAUACUCACAAUUUUCCCACCAAUCAGAGAUAGAGUGUGUUCUUCUUUUGAUAGUUCAGUAUUGAUUUAGAGUACUUAGUUGAUAAAUAAUUGAGUCUGGUUUUUUAGUCGCAUAGUUUAGUACAGAGUAUUGAUUUUUGCUCCUAAUAAAUUUGCCACCAAUCAGGUCUGGGCUAUUGUUCAUUUUCAACUGUUGAAAUUUGUGACUAUAAAUUUGAAGGUUGUGAAUAAAAUUUGGAUAGGCAAAAAGGGUUAUGAUUGUUGUUUAUUUGAUGGCUAUAUUUGUAAUAGUAUAAAUACAUUGAUUAAAUUAUUGAUUUUUCUAGCUGGGAAAUUCAUAAAGUAAAAUUGAUAUGUAGUUCAUAUUCGUGUAAAUCAAUGGCAUGUUUGUGAAUUAGUGUGAGUCUUUUGUUCAAUUUUUAUGUGUAAAAGUACACCAUUUGGUAUAUGAUUUCAAACUUUCAAUACAUCUACUCUUAAUUGUUCUAUUUUCCCUUGAUGAAUUAAAAUGAAUUUCCCAACAUGGCCUUAAAUAUUGAGCUUAAUUACCAAAAGUACUUCAUUUAUUCUUUAUAUAGAAUUGAUAUGUUACCGGAUCCCUUUUUUAAGCUAAUGAGGUUUGAUGAAUUAUUGUAGUUUUUUUGUUUUGUUUUGUUUUUUCUUAUAAAGAAUCACUUUUAAGCUGACAAAUGAAUUAACUUAACUCUUAUUGCAUCAAUAUGCUGGUACAUAGAGUGGCAAAUAAGGGUAUUAGUGUUCAAUUGUUCGCCAUUAGUUUGCUGAACGGUAAUCAUGGAAGGUCAGUUUUAGUGAUAUUUAAAUUUCAUUGUAGCAGUAAUUCUUAAUAACAAAUGCUAUAUAAAAGCCACUUAAAAUUAAAAAGUGUUGUAUGUGAGAUUAAUUAGAUCAAGUGUGAUUGCUGUAUGCCCAUUGUGAUUGCUGUAUGCCCAAAGGGAAUGGUGCCUUCUGUAAGGAGGUUGUAUGUCCAGGUUAGAGACGUCAAUGGUGCUGGAAUCAACUCUAGCCUUGUCGUUUACCAGGUUUGGCUCUUUUCAUUGAUUCUUGCUUAUGCAAUGUUGGCGGUGUGGCUCUUAUGCCUUUUCUUAUGCUUGAAUUUCCACUCAAUAUAAACGUGUUUCGUCACUGCAGAAUUUGAGUUUUGUUUAGUAUCUUAGACUUCUGGACAAGAGCGUUACAAUAUGUACUAUUCUUUUCUAUCAAAGAAGAUAAUUUAUAUCUACAAUUUCUCAGUUACUAUUAAUUUUAACUUCUAUCUCUAAUUGGUGACUCAGUUAAAUGGAUGAAUUUGAAAGGUCUACUCAAUUAAUAAGUAAUUAAAUGAGAAAUAGAAUAAGUCCAUGACAACAUUAGUUACUGCCUACUGAAGAACCAAAAGGUUGUUGAUGCAGGAUUAUGGUACAAAAUAACUACGAUGAAAGGUGGAAGAAAGCAAGUAGGGAUUCAAGGGAAUAAUCAAAGGUUAAAAGAAAGCAAGAAAGCAGGAGUACAAAUCAGAGCUAUUUACAAGCAGCAGGUUCUCGAAUUGAUUCUCAUUUUACUUGUCCAACAACUGAAAUUUUCACUUUUAUAUGUGAUGGAUUUCCCAGAAUAUCCUACAACAUCAAAGACAAGAAUGAGUGCUCGACAACGGGCGAUUUUAGGGAUUCCAAAACCUAAACGCCAAAAGCAAUCAAAGACAGUUGGUGCUGCAAUAAAUUCAGCCAAUCGCUGCCUACUAAGCCCAUGGAGUUGCCUGCCCCUCAUUUUUGCGAUAAGUGUCGUGCAAAAAAACUAGCCUUUGAGUCAUUGCAUUUUUGUUGCUGUGAUGGUGAAGUUGAAAUUGCUUCUAAUGCUUUACCCCCUGAAUUAGAUAAACUUUAUACUUCUAAUGACGAUGAUUCGGAUCAUUUUCAGACAUAUUCUCGCCUUUACAAUAACCUCUUUGCUUUUAGCUCAAUUGGUGGAUCAAUGGAUGGGGAUAUUCAUAAAGGAAUAUAUGCUUUGAAGGUUCAUGGCCAAAUUUAUCAUAAUAUUCCUGACCUCUUGCCUGAUAAUGAACCACCACAAUAUUUACAGCUUUACUUCUACGAUGCUAUGUUUGAGGCAGAAAAUAGACAUCGUCUUUUUCCAAACUUACGUCCGAGUAUAAUUUCCUUGAUUAUGGCUAUUAUGCUUUUGAAUUCAUAUGCCAGGUUUUUCAAGUCUCUUCGGGAGACUGAAGUCACUGAAGAGACUGAAAUCAGGCUCAAUAAACACCCCGUUCUUGAUCAACGUGUUUACAAUGCUCCGACAUCCGAAGAAGUAGCUGUGAUAUGGAGUGAAGGUACUUCAUCUAGCCAAAGCAACAGCCCACAUAUCAUUGUUCAUGGGAAAUCAAACAAGAGCCAUAGGAUAUAUCAUUAUUAUGGCUGUUACGAUCCUCUACAAUACCCGCUUCUAUUUCCUCGAGGUGACUGUGGGUGGCAUCACGGUUUACUAAAAAUGUCUCACGGAGGACGGUCCCAGGUGGAAGACCUUUCAAAUAUUGUCAUUUCAGACAAUGUUCAAGAGGCAGCUGAUUUGGUAACUGAAGAAGGUUAUGCUGCUGCUCGGGGGAAGAAGGGCAAGCUUAUUUCUUGCAGGGAGUAUUAUGCAUACAAGUUUCAAAUGCGUGCUGGAAAUUUCAUCCUACUGGCUGGGCGGCUGUUCUUGCAAUAUAUUGUAGACAUGUAUGUGAAGAUAGAGAAUACUCGGCUAGAUUUCUUUAGACAAAAUCAGGCACAAAUUAGAGUUGAGCUAUAUCAGGGUUUAGUAGAUACACUUGAAGGCGGUGAAGCAAAUGCAUCGAAUGUAGGUCAGUGUGUUAUCCUCCCUCCUUCCUUUUAAGGGGGGCCUUGUGAUAUGCAACGACGUUAUCUCAAUGCUAUCGCUCUUGUACAACGUUUUGGGAAACCGGACUUAUUCAUAACAAUGACCUGCAACCCAAAUUGGCCAGAAAUCAAAGCAGAGCUGGCACACGGGGAAAAAGCAUAAAACCGACCCGAUCUUGUAGCUCGUGUUUUCAGAGCAAAGCUUAUAGCACUGGAAAAAAAAAAGAACAAGUGUUUGGAGAGGUGGCUGCGUUCAUUUAUGUAGUUGAGUUCCAAAAACGUGGCUUGCCACAUGUUCAUAUGCUCAUUAUUUUAAAGCCGGAAUUUAGGAUAAAGCAUCCAGACUCAUUUGACAAGUACGUGUCCGCUGAAAUUCCUUCCCAUGAAAACCCACACUUACGAAAAGUGGUCUUAAACCAUAUGAUACAUGGCCCAUGUGGGAAGGAUAACCCUGAAUGCCCAUGCAUGAAUCAUAGAGGAAUGGACGGGAAGUGCAAAUACGACUACCCUAAGUCUUUUCUGAUAUUACAACAAGCCAUGAAAGUGGGUAUCCUGAAUACAGACGCCGGGACACAGGGGAGUCUAUUGUGAUUCGAAGGAAAAGGUUGGACAACCGUUGGGUCGUUCCAUAUAACCCUUAUCUAUCUGCCUUAUUCGACUGUCACUUGAAUGUGGAGGUAUGUUUAACAAUUCAAGCAGUUAAGUACCUUUACAAAUACGUUUAUAAAGGAUAUGAUCGGGUAUCAUAUAACGUACAAGCUUCAUCAGGCUCUGUAAAUGAGAUUGAGCAGUUCCAAGCAGGCCAUUGGGUAUCCCCUUGUGAAGCCGCAUGGAGAAUCUUUGGGUUUGACCUGUUUGAAAUGAGCCCACCAGUAGUAACAUUGCAAAUUCAUCUGCCUAAUCAGCACAGUGUGAGGUUCUCUCCCAAUGAACAACUAGCCUCUGUUGUUUCAGAUAGGCGCCGAGCCCGUACUUCAUGAACCAAGUUCUUUAGAAUGAACAACACUGUCCCAAACAUACCAAAAUACACAUAUGCAGAAUUUUGUGAGCAUUAUGUGUGGAAUCAUGCUACAAAAACAUGGUCUAAGCGGGCUAAUGUGCGAACUGCAAUAGGGCGUCUGACUUUUGUGGCUCCAUCCGAAGGGGAAAGAUAUUUUCUCAGGCUGCUACUAAUCAAUGUAAGGGGACCAAAAUCAUUUGAAGAUUUACGAACAGUCAACGCCCACCUUUGUGUAACAUUUAAGGAAGCGGCCUUGAAACUUGGCCUCCUGGCAGAAGAUGACGCCGUUGAUAAAUGUAUGGCAGAGGCUGUUACUGCACAUAUGCCAACAGCUUUGCGUAAAUUAUUUGCUACAGUAGUGAUUUUCGGAAUGCCAAGAGAUCCCCUAGCCCUUUGGCAGAAGUACUACAUUCAUUUGUCCGAAGAUAUCAAACACCAAAAUCCAGGAAUGAAAGACAAAGUGAAGGCCCUUACUGUGCAAGGGGUUGAGCGUUUCUUAGAAGAAAUGGGGAAAACUUUGGAAGAAUUUGGCCUAGGGGUGUUGAUAAGCAAUGCAGACUCCGGACUACGACAAACAAAGGAUAUUGCUGAUGCACUCAAUGCCACAAUACCGGUUGAAUACAUUGAAGCCAUUGACAAGCUCAACCUUGCCCAACGCGAUGCCUUUGAUUGCAUCAUUAAACAUGUGCAGCUUAACAAACCUGGUUCAUUUUUCGUUGACUGUCCGGGAGGCACUGGCAAGACAUACCUUUACUGUGCAUUGUAUGCUGCUGUUAGAAAAAUGGGCAAAAUAGUUCUUCCAACAGCUACGUCCGGAAUUGCUGCCUCAAACAUAGUGACUAGGAGGACAACCCAUUCACGUUUUAAAAUCCCCCUUGAUCAUACAGCUUCCAUGUCUUGCAAUGUAUCUAAACAAAGCAACUUAUCUGGUCUUCUACGAGAAAGCUCCUUGAUUAUUUGGGAUGAAGCAUCAAUGGCAAUCAAGGAAAACGUAGAGUCAUUAGACUUGCUGCUUAGGGAUUUAUGUGAUAGGCGUACAGCUUUUGAAGGCAAGGUUGUCGUCUUUGGUGGGGACCUUCGGCAAGUAUUGCCUGUGGUACCCAAAAAAUCACAAAAAGAAGCCGUAUAAGCGAGCUUAGUCUCUUCUUAUCUAUGGCAUGGUUUCAAACGAAUACGCCUUAGUCAAAACAUGCGAGCACGUACAGAUCCUGCAUUCUCUGAUUUCUUGCUUGCUUUAGGGGACGGCCGUAUGCAAACAGAAGAGAUAGCUGACAUUCAUCUACCAAGACAACUGGUUGUGCCAUUUGAGGAUGAAAACUACUCUCUGGACCAACUUCUCAGCCAAAUAUUCCCGGAACUGACCGCAGGUGGUUUCAGUUCAAGCAUCUUCGCUGAACGUGCAAUCUUGACUCCCCUCAACGAUGAUGUUGAUGAGAUAAAUACUCUGCUAAUUGAAAAACACCCAGGUCAGGCUGUAACCUACAAGAGUUUUGAUGUGUUAAUUGAUGAAAAUUGCAAAAUUUACACAACUGAAUUCCUAAACACUUUAUGCCCCGGAGGAAUGAGUCCACAUGAAUUGGUUCUAAAGGAAAAUUGCCCCGUUAUUCUGCUGAGGAACCUUGCUCCAGCCUCUGGCUUAUGCAAUGGGACACGACUCAUAUGCAAAAGAUUCUACCCCAACAUGAUUGAGUGUGUAAUUGCAACUGGCCAUCAUACUGGUGAAUAUGUAUUUCUGCCACGCAUUGACUUGCGGCCCUCUGCCUCAACUAAUUACCCGUUCCAGUUCCAGCGAAAACAAUUCCCAAUCAAGCUUUGUUUUGCUAUGACAAUCAACAAAGCCCAGGGACAAACACUCACUCAAGUAGGGAUAUACCUUAGAUGACCUUGCUUCUCUCAUGGACAAUUAUAUGUUGCCCUUGCUCGGGCCUGGAAUUCUAAACAUGUAAGGGUACUGACCAAGCCUACAACUGAAGAUCAGCAUGUAUACA